AUGGCCUUAUAUGUAGACGCCACCGAGAGUCCACUUGGAAUCCUGGCAUCGCUGGCAUCUCCGCCAGUCAUGACCAGCACGUCAAAGCAGCAGCACGAGUCGGAGAUGCCAGCAAUGCUGCAUGUCGAGUCGCGGCGAGGCUCGCUUGGUACGCAUUCUGGAUCACCGUCGCCGCCCAACUCACCCAGCACACGGGCUGCAAUGCGGCUGGACCAAAAAACACCCAAACCACACCUCUCGCACGCUAUCAGCGAAGGUACGGGUUUGCAGGAAGCAAAAGCGGACAGCGCAGCAGUGGACAUCGCACACAACGUGUCAGAGCCUGGGUCGCUAGUGCCAGUGUCAGUGGCGUCUGCAAUUCCAGCUAGUCAGCUGGAUGUGUUAGCGCUUGUCACAGCAACAAGCCCACCACUACCAGGACGCCGGCGGUGGAUGGCACACAACACACCAAAGCCUGCGUUUGCAAGAUCUGGCUUGUCGCAGAAUGUCACCCCAGCACGGUUGCUAACUAGAAAUGGUGAUGGUGCUGAGGACAGCGGUAGCGAUACAGUAUCGGAGGACGAACAGACAUUGCGGUCGUAUAGCGCGCGGCUGAGAUCCCGAUACCACAGUGCGAAUCUGCGGCCAUCACCUAGUAUGCCUAGGGGAUCAUCAAGGGAGCCGUCAGAGGGGACAUCUGAUCUGCAGCUGGCUGAGCCAGCUAUGCCUGCUAGUGACCGGAUAGCCAGAAAUCGCACCGUUUAUUCCAUUACUGGUAUUGGGAGGCCCCCGCUGCCCAUGUCGGCUACUGCGUUGCGCACAAGUAGACGAGGCGGGUACCCGCAAAACACCAGUGGUUACCAGCAGCAGAGACCCGGCAAUGGCGAAUCAACAGAUGAUGAAGACGAGCCAGUACUGAUGCAAGCCCUGACCACCCCGCGACGUAAUAUCACUCCGACGCACCGGAUGCACGAAUUAAGCGAACCGCCAAGACUCCCAACAUCAGCUGAGCGACGCACAUACCGCACACCAGCCCACCCAUCAGCACGCGGCCUGCAGAUGCUACCACGGUCCUUGAAUCCAUCUUUGGGCAGCUUCAUUGAGUCACCAGCAUCGGAGCCCGUGAUGCGCCGGCGGCUGCCUCGGUACCGUCAUCGCGUGCAUGCAGAGGGAACUGAGAAUGUCAGCGCACUUCCAGGCACAAGCACAGAGGAGGUAGAGGGCUACUACGAUGAUGAUGACGACGACGACGAUGGGUAUUCAAACGGUUCACCAAUGCCGCUGUCGCCAUCAUGUCGGCAGCAGAGCAUGGAAGUUCCGCGCGCAUACAGACACGCAAGAGCGCAUCGAUCAUUGGUUGCAGAAAUCGGUUCCAAUGUGUCUAACCAGUUUCUAGGCUCGGAGACCGAUCAGUCCAUGGCCACGAGUGCCAUAGACGAGGCAGGCGUCGAUGUAAUCACGGCGGAUGACAGCGACCAGCUAGAGCCACCUCACAACACCACAAUAUCUGGUGAGACCACCGAGAGUGCCGACAUGCAGUUCUUUGUCAAUCGACCAUACACCACGGUCCGACGAUCCAUUGGCAGUCUGAUAGACCAGACCAACGGCCUGCAGCCCACUGCUGAAUCCCCGCAUAGCGGAAACUCUAUUAGCGCAGAACGACUUGAGCUCAGGCGUCCGAUAGAUGUAGCGAAUGGCUACGAGGAUGAUGGGUCCACUACUGAGACCGACGACGAAUUCUUUACACGUCCAAAGCGUGCUCUGCAUGCCAGUAUUCGUCCACCACGACGGGUUGUACGCCACUUGGAGACACUGCGAUCCCACCAUCCUCCGCCGGCAGUCUUGCGCUUGCAGCAAAUGAAAAUACCAGCACAUUACUCCAUGGUGCAGAAGCAGCACCUGCCGCUGCUGGGGCGCAGUCGCAUGGGUUCGGUGGGGUCCAUGUGCCCGCCUGCCUCACGCACUGCGCCAUCGACCAGCGGGUUUGGACUGGGUGUUAGCAACGCUGACAGUCUCUCCAACACUGAGCCCGCGCAGCGUGUGUCGUCGGUGCCGUCGUCAAAUUCUGCAACUGCGGCCUUAGCUGCCAUGGCACAGGCUGACGACAGACGUAGCCCAGAGCGUAUCCCACGAUACAUUCGCCGGCAGCAACAUCAGCCAUCAAUAGUCGUGCAGACAAGCUAUGUGCCACAGCGACCCGAGGGCAUAGAUAGGUCAACGGAGGCUAGCCGCAAGCGCGCACUGACUGCCCCAUCGUUGCUCGAGUCGCCAAUGGCUAAGCGGUCACGCUACAUUGGCACCGAGCCUACGCUGCAUUCGUCAGAUGAAGAGUCCGCCAACCCGCAGUCGCCACUGGCGCUGCGCACUCCGCUGGCUAGUCGAGUGAGUAUGCCAGGCGUAUCGCCAGUGUCCUCGCUGCGGUCGUCUCUGGUCAGCAGCAGGGGCCCACCGCAGCCCCGACUGAAUCACACUGGCUCUCCGAUCUGCCAGAAUAAGGACGCUCAACAAGACUCUGGGGGCUCGCCCAGCAUUAGCACCGCCCAGCAUCUGCCCAAGCGCACACAUUCACAGGCCAGCCGGUCACCGUGUAGCGCGCACUCGCCGGGCAGCGAGUCAAGAGACAGGGUCAGCCCCAAGUCGGCAACGCCGUCGUCACCAUCACUAGUGUCAAAUGUGUCGAGUGAUGCGCUGUUACCGCCAAUCAGCCCGGCUGACGACUAA